AUGAGCAAUCAGAGGUUCGACCAAAUGUUUGAAGUUAGCCAGGCAUUUCAACCAGUGAAGAACUACGGACAGAGUGUGUACUGGGACGGACCCGACUUUCGCCUUCGAUAUAAACGCUCCUUUGAUAUCGAGGCGGUCAUAUUCGCAAAUCUUAUCACCGCCGAAUACAAGUUUCGACAAACAUAUCAGCAAAAGGAGGUCCUCGAAAAAAAUGUCCGGGCGUUACAAAAGAUCUUAGGAAACGACGAAGACGAAAAACAACACCAACAAUACCAGAAAGAUCUAGAGGCCAUCAAGCGAGCCCAUAGCAAAAACGAGCGAAAUCUUUUUACCCAGGAAUCUAUGCUGCCGCCAGGGCCCUUGAAACGAGACUAUGAUGAAAUAAGAGAGGAUCCAAUUUGCGAGAGAGGGUUCGAACAUACAUCUAAAGAGCUGGACAAGAUUGCAGAUGAGCUUAACUCGAUGCUUCUAUCAAAUAAUCCGUCAUAUGUUAUCAAGAUGGCAGUGGCUUAUUUCGUGAAACCGCCGGCGCGAAAGGUAGAGAAGGAAAGCGCAGAGGAGGAAAAGGUCGGGGAGGAACAGGCACAGAAGAAGAAGAAGAAGAAGAAGAAGAAGAAGAAGAAGAAGAAGAAGGUGCAUUGGUGGAAUUAUAUGUUUUAA